AUGCUGUCUUCCUGGAGAGGAGGCCCAGGAGCUCGGCUUUUGCUUCUCUCGCUUCUGCUCCUCGCAGCAUGGGAGGCGGGGAGCGGCCAGGUCCACUACUCGGUUCCGGAGGAGGCCAAACACGGCACCUUCGUGGGCCGCAUCGCCCAGGACCUGGGGCUGGAGCUGGAGGAGCUGGUGCCGCGCCUGUUCCGGGUGGCGUCCAAAGGCCGCGGGGACCUUCUGGAGGUAAAUCUGCAGAAUGGCAUUUUGUUUGUGAAUUCUCGGAUCGACCGGGAGGAGCUGUGCGGGCAGAGCGCGGAGUGCAGCAUCCACCUGGAGGUUAUCGUGGAUAGGCCGCUGCAGGUGUUUCAUGUGGAGGUGGAAGUUACAGAUAUUAACGACAACCCGCCUGUGUUCCCUGAAAGUGAAAAAAGAAUAAUCAUUGCUGAAUCUAGACCUCCGGAAACUCGGUUCCCACUAGAUGGCGCAUCUGAUGCAGAUAUUGGAGUAAACUCCGCCUUGACCUACCGAGUCUAUCCCAACGAUUAUUUCACUUUGGACACACAAAACAACCGUGAACAAACGUCUUCGUUAUCACUUGUGUUAAGGAAAUCAUUGGACAGAGAGGAAAUUCAGGAACAUAGUUUAUUAUUGACAGCUAGUGAUGGAGGCAAACCCGAGCUGACCGGCACAGUUCAGCUGCGGAUUACAAUCCUGGAUGUGAAUGAUAACGCCCCAGAAUUUGACCACUUAAUUUAUAAAGUGAGAAUGUUAGAGAAUGCAGUUAAUGGAACAUUAGUGAUCAAACUAAAUGCCACAGACUCUGAUGAUGGUACAAAUGCAGACAUAAUCUACUCAUUUAGAAGACCUGUAUCGCCUACAGUAUUAUAUGCGUUUUCCAUAAAUCCCAGCAGCGGAGAAAUUCGGACAAAAGGUAAAUUGGAUUUCGAAGAAAAGAAAUUGUAUGAAAUAUCCGUGGAAGCAAUUGACAAGGGGAAUAUUCCAAUGGCGGGUCAUUGUACCAUUUUGGUGGAAAUAGUAGAUAUAAAUGAUAACGCCCCAGAAGUUACCGUCACUUCUUUGGCUCUUCCGGUGCGAGAGGACGCUCAGGUGGGCACUGUCAUCGCCUUGGUCAGCGUGUCCGACCGCGACUCCGGCGCCAACGGGCAGGUGACCUGCUCCCUGAUGCCCCACAGCCCCUUCAAGCUGGUGUCCACCUUCAAGAAUUACUAUUCACUAGUGCUUGACAGCGCGUUGGACCGCGAGAGCGUGGCGAACUAUGAGGUGGUAGUGACAGUGCGGGACGCGGGCUCGCCUUCCCUGUCGGUAACAGCCACCGUGUCCGUGGAGGUGGCCGACGUGAACGACAACGCGCCCGCGUUCGCGCACCCCGAGUACACGGUGUUGGUGAAGGAGAACAACCCGCCCGGCUGCCACAUCUUCACGGUGUCCGCUCGGGACGCGGACGCUCAGGAGAAUGCGCUGGUGUCCUACUCGCUGGUGGAGCGGCGGGUGGGCGAGCGAGCGUUGUCGAGCUACGUGUCAGUGCACGCGGAGAGCGGCAAGGUGUACGCGCUGCAGCCGCUGGACCACGAGGAGCUGGAGCUGCUGCAGUUCCAGGUGAGCGCGCGCGACGCGGGCGUGCCGCCUCUGGGCAGCAACGUGACGCUGCAGGUGUUCGUGCUGGACGAGAAUGACAACGCGCCCGCGCUGCUGCUGCCCGGGCCGGGCGGCGGGGCGGGCGCACUGAGCCAGCUGGUGGCGCGGUCGGUGGGCGCGGGCCACGUGGUGGCGAAGGUGCGCGCGGUGGACGCGGACUCGGGCUACAACGCGUGGCUGUCGUACGAGCUGCAGCCGGCGGCGGGUGGCGCGCGCAGCCCGUUCCGCGUGGGGCUGUACACGGGCGAGAUCAGCACGACGCGCGCCCUGGACGAGGCGGAAGCGCCACGCCAGCGCCUGCUGGUGCUGGUGAAGGACCACGGCGAGCCGGCGCUGACGGCCACGGCCACCGUGCUGCUGUCGCUGGAGGACAGAGGCCAGGCGCCCAAGGCCUCUAUGCGGGCGUCGACCGGCGCCGCUGGAGCGGAGACGGCGUUAGUGGAUGUGAACGUGUACCUGAUCAUCGCCAUCUGCGCGGUGUCCAGCCUGUUGGUGCUCACGCUGCUGCUGUACACGGCGCUGCGGUGCUCGGCGCCGCCCAGCGAGGGCGCGUGCGGGCCCGGGAAGCCCACGCUUGUGUACUCCAGCGCGGUGGGGAGCUGGUCUUACUCGCAGCAGAGGCGGCAGAGGUGUGCUCUGGGGAGGGGCCGCCCAAGGCCGACCUCAUGGCCUUCAGCCCCAGCCUUCCUCCUUGUCUGA